AUGACGACUAACUAUUUGGUGCCAAACACUAAACCGAUUAAUGGAAAUGUGUUUCAUUCAUUCGAAAAGAUAAAUGAAAUAUUCGCAAAGAAUGACGGUAGAAGAUAUUAUAGAGAACUUGAAAGUUCAUGCUAUGACUCUGAUGCUCCAUAUUUUGAUGAUAAACAAACUCAUUUAAGAAUUACAAAUCCGGCUCAUGAUGUGAACCAAUUAGGUGACACAUAUAUUAAACGCAAAGUUAAAGCAACUCUAGUUUCAAAUAAAGCUUUCACAUGUGAUGCCGCUUUUAAAUGCAUGCGUUUAUUCGUUGGUUACAAAUCAUCAAAUCAAAGCUUUAAACAAUUAGAAGUAGAAACCGAAAGAGGUGAUGCCGGUUAUCUUCAGAUGGAUUGCGCCCGUGAAUCUUUCGCAUUUGCAACAUAUAAACCAA